AUGCCGGCUGCGCAGCUUCUCUCGGCCCUCACCUUCGUGCUGCUCCUGAUCGAAGAGAGCGGAGCCUGGUCGUACCACGCCUCCGAGACACCCUUGACCUUCGACGACGCCAGCGCGUACUGUCAGGAGAAGUACACCCACCUGGUGGCCAUCCAGAACCAGGAGGAGAUCAGGUACCUCAACGACACGUUCCCCUACGCGCCCAGCUACUACUGGAUCGGCAUCCGGAAGGUCAAGGACCAGUGGGUCUGGAUAGGGACCCAGAAGGCGCUGACGGAGGAGGCCACGAACUGGGCCCCCGGCGAGCCGAACAACGGCCAGAGCAACGAGGACUGCGUGGAGAUCUACAUCAAGAGGGACAAGGACGUGGGCAAGUGGAACGACGAGAGGUGCAGCAAGAAGAAGCUCGCCUUGUGCUACACAGCUGCCUGUACCCCGACAUCCUGCAGCGGCCACGGCGAGUGCGUGGAGACGGUCAACAACUACACUUGCCAGUGCCACCCCGGCUUCAGCGGCCUCCAGUGUGAGCAGGCUGUGACCUGUCAGGCCCAGGAGGACCCCGAGCACGGAAGCCUGGCCUGCACCCACCCCUGGGGGCCCUUCAGCUAUGACUCUUCCUGCUCCGUGAGCUGCGAGGAGGGCUACCGGCCGAGCAGCCCGGCGGCCACGCAGUGCACCGCCUCCGGGGAGUGGCGCACGCCGCUCCCAGGGUGCCACGUGGUUGAGUGCGAGCCCCUGACCGACCCUGCCCACGGGUCUGUGGAAUGCGACCAAAGCCCCGGGAGCUUCCAGUGGAACACCAGCUGUGCCUUUGCCUGCGAGGAAGGAUUUGAACUGGAGGGGCCCCCGCGCCUCCAGUGCGCCUCCUCUGGGCGCUGGGACGACGAGGAGCCUGCGUGUGCAGCUGUGACGUGUGAUGCCAUCGGCGACCUUCAGAAUGGCUCGGUGAGCUGUAGCCAUGGCCCUGCCGGAGACUUCACCUUCCAGUCAUCCUGCAGCUUCACCUGUCAUGAAGGCUUCCAGCUGCAGGGGCCCGCCCAGGUCGAAUGCACCGCACGAGGGCAAUGGACGCAGCAAGCGCCGGUCUGUGCAGCGCUCCAGUGCAAAGCCUUAUCCGGACCCGAGAGCGGCUACGUGGACUGUAUUCCCAGUGCGUCUGGAAGUCUCCAAACCGGGUCCAUCUGUGAGUUCUCCUGUCAGGAAGGAUUUGUGCUGACGGGACCCACGAGGCUCCACUGUGGCCGCACAGGGGAGUGGGACGGCGAGGAGCCCACGUGUGAAGCUGUGCGAUGCCCCGCGGUCGGCGAGCCCCCGAGCGGCUGGGUGAGCUGCAGCGCCGGCCGGGCUGGACCCUUCACCUUCGGGGCCUCCUGCGCCUUCGGCUGUGGGGAAGGCUUUGAACUGCAGGGAUCGGCUCGACUGGAGUGCACGUCCCAGGGACAGUGGACCCAGGAGGUCCCCUCCUGCCAAGCGGUACGGUGCUCCAGCCCGGAGGCUCCCGGCAAGGCGAACGUGAGCUGCGGCGGGGAGCUGGUGGUCGGUGCCGUGUGUACGUUCGCGUGCCCUGAAGGAUGGACGCUCAACGGCUCCGCGGCUCUGACGUGUGGCCCCGCGGGACACUGGUCUGGGAUGCCGCCGACCUGUGAAGCUCCCCCCGAGUCCACCGCCGCCCUGACUGUCGGCCUCUCGGCCGCCGGGACCUCCCUCCUGACCUUGACGUCGUUUCUCCUCUGGCUCGCGAAACGUCUCCGGAGGAAAGCAAAGAAAUUCGUCCCCGCCAGCAGCUGCCAGAGCCUGGAAUCGAGCGGAUCCUACCAAGUGCCUGCCGAGUCCGUUUAAGUCCUAGAGAAGUCAGGACACGGGUGCACGAAGGUGCUGGAGCGACACCCUGAGGACGACGGAGGCAGGUGGCAGGUCUUCCCCUCCUACGGCCGCCUGGACCGCAGCGCCCGUGAGACCACAGGCCAGUGGGCAAGGCCAGCCGGCCACCAGAAAGACUCGGUUUCCUUUCUCCUGUUCUCAGGGCCUGGACAGCUCUGGCUGCUGGAGGGAAGGAUAUUCCCUUCCAGGCAAGAGAGAGGAGGCCAAGGCGCUGGACUCUCAGAAUGCCUUCUCUCACUCUGCCUCCCUCGCUCCUGGUGAGACCUCGGCGGAGAAACCCAGCAUUCUGUGACGCCACCGUUUCUUUCCUUUGUUCCUCAGCGUGUAUAAACUACUGGUUACAAAGUGGCUCUCGUAGGCUGCACGGUCACUGUCACAAGUUUCGUAGAGGAAACAAAUCGGCCACAGAUACUGACUUGACGCAUUGUCUCGUUGUUAACGGUGCAAACCCCACUGAGUGCUUGUGCGUGAGGACUACUAGACGAAGCCAAUAUAUCACUUUUAUCCCUGUGGGAUUCAGGGCUUUUGAAAGUAUUCUUAGAGAUGGUAUUCUUUUCACUUGCAUUGAGGAUGUAUUCUGUAGUCCUUAAUUCAGCGCGAGCGUUGUAGGGACUUGAACAUAUGUGCAUGUUAGGACCAUGAGCAGGUCAUCAUUACCCAUCCUACAUCCUCACCUCCCUGUUAAUGAAUUCUAAUGUUACAUCUGUAGCAGAUAUAUUUCAGAAAAGGGCAAAUACUGUUUCCUAAUAAUGUAUUAACAGAACGUUAACCAGUGUGAUGUUGUGAAUUUUUUGGUAACAGUUUCUUUUGAAAGCAGGAGUAGUGUCAGGACAGUGCAAGCUGAGUGGCAGACACCUGUGCAACACCUGGUUUCUGUGAUGAAAAACUUCUCUGAGGCCAAAUGUUCUGAUCUGAUACAAGCAUAAAUGUAAAUAAAUGAAGGUACAUUUUUGUAAAUGUCUUUGUUGGAAAAAAAACACGUGUAGAAACGUGGAUGUGCUCUGCAUUCCUAAAAAGACGCCCGUCAGAUGUGACGUGGCGAUACGCAAUUCUGGGAUAGUACACAAGGUUUUAAAUCCAUGGUGAGCGCUCACCAUGUACAGCAUUCCCCUAGUGGAUUUUGGCAAAGUGAACGAUGUUGAAUAAUUAUUUCCUAAUUGUUGUCAUUGUUUGUUAGGCUGUUCCUGAAAACAGGAAAGCCUGUGGGAGCCAGUAUUCACAUUUAUUUAGGAGGGAGUUUAAAAUUGCUAAGGAACCCAGUUAUGGAUCCCUGGCAACGAGACAUGCUCUGUCAGAAAUUGCCAACCUCACGGGGUGUGAGAAUCAAAGCGCUUCCACACCCCCAUCACCUUGGUGUGCAUGGUGAGAGCAAAGUCCCAGAGAAGCUCCCGGAUGCCUAUUGGCAAAGGCACAGCCGAAAGCAGACAGGGAGAGAUCUGGGAACCAGGGCGGCAGAGGUCGUUGAGGGCAAAGGACUCUGGGAAAUAAGGGGGGGAGUAAAAGCACCUCUGCAGUCAGGCCAUAGAUGAAAUCACAAUCACCUGGUCUGAGACCAGUCAAAUGUAAAUACUUGUACCACCGAGGGGGAAACAGCUGUGUGAACUCUACAUGGGUCUGGGUUUGGGUUUUAUGCAGUAUUUUAAAUUAUGGUUGAAAAUAUUUUACAAUUGUUAAAAGUAUGUAUUUAUUUGAACUUAUGUUGUAUUUACUGUAUUUGACAUGGCAUUAUAAAGUUGGAUAAUAAACAUGUUUGUAUUUA